CAGCCCCUCUCUUCGCCCUAUCCCGACUUCGCCUCCGCCGCUCCCUGCGAGUCGCCACCGCGCCCUUCCCACUCGCCCCGUCCGUGUGACCGUGUCCGGCGACCGGCGCCCGUCCUCCCCUACGGCCGUCGCUGAGCUCCUUCUCCGUGGCCAGCCACGACCAGGCACCCUGCGCGGCUGCGCCCAAGCCGCCAGGCGCCAGGUCGCCCAGCUGGCUGCGGGCUGCCACUGGUGCAGCACAUCUCGCAUCUCGGUGAGCCUACUGUCACAAUGAGAUCCACUUCUAUUUGCCAAAUCCAAUUUGAACCCAGACCAAGCUGGUGGACGACUAGAUUGAACUGACAAUAACAAAAGGAAAGAAACUGGGACAACGGGCAGCAUGGAUAAGGAGGAGAAUAAGGAAACAUCAGUGAGCAUCAGCAACAAUGACACAGACACCAAUGGUUUGGAUGAUGAUGACUAUGAUGAUGAUGAUGGGAAGCACACAGUGAUGCUUGGCCCUCAGGUUCCCCUCAAGGACCAACUUGAGCUCGACAAGGAUGAUGACAGCCUAAGGAGGUGGAAAGAGCAGCUCCUCGGAGAUGUUGAUACCAACAAGCUUGGAGAGACUGCGGAACCAGAAGUGACCAUACUAAACUUGACCAUCCUAACUCCAGAGCGACCAGAUCUGGUUCUAGCUAUCCCACUAGUGCUGGAUGACAAGGGGUACGCAUUCGCACUCAAGGAUGGGAGCACCUACAGCUUCCGCUUCUCCUUCACUGUCUCCAACAACAUUGUGUCUGGUCUCAGAUAUACACACACCGUCUGGAAGACAGGAGUAAGAGUCGAAAAGCAGAAGGUGAUGCUGGGGACAUUCAGUCCUCGGCAGGAGCCCUACAUAUACGAGGCUGAGGAAGAUACGACCCCAAGUGGCAUCUUUGCGAGGGGUUCAUAUUCUGCAAAGCUCAAGUUUGUGGAUGAUGAUGGGAAUGUCUACCUGGACAUGAAUUACUGCUUCGAGAUCAGGAAGGACUGGCCAGCCACGGCCUAAGAUCUGGUUACUUUGUGAGAAACAGCGUUCAGGUGGUAGGUAAUAGGCGAUGGAUGUGCACGAUCAAGUGCUGUGUGUUUUAUGUAUGAUUCUCGCUUUUGUGGGCGUGGGCUGGCCCACGUUCUAGAUUCUGGAACUGAAAAGCUGUCAAAAUGGUGUUCAAAAUAUUUUUUGUUUAUUGUGGCAUGGCUCACAAUCCCUGUGCAGGCAACUGAGUGUGUUUGGAAUUUGGAUCAGUGGCCUCGACCAGGUACCGGUCGGCUUAUUUGGAUGGAGUCCUCCCAGGCAGCUCCAUCACCAGGCAGAUAUCUCAACCCCAGACGUCCAAAAUCGGAUGCCUGGGGAGCUCCCGUCGCCAGGGCUGCCUCGCCCAGGCGUAUUCAUCAGGUCGUUAAAGUGUUUGAAGCUGUGGAAACUUUAUGUAUUGUGCCUAUCUUUCUGAAUUGACUGAAUGGUCGAGGUUUGUCUGUUCUUU